UUCCAGAGAGUCCGGGUAUGAGGGUGUCUUAUAGCUGUCCCAGCAGCCCACAGAGGCCGUCGGAGCUGAGCUUGAAGGAUGAGGAAGGCUGGGCUCUGGGGACUGCUGUGGGUGUUCUUCGUCUCAGAAGUCAAAGCUGCCAUUGUCCCAGCUGAGGAAAGGUAUGACCUGGUUGAGGGUCAGACUUUGACAGUGGGCUGUCCCUUCAACAUCAUGAAGUAUGCCAGCAGCCGGAAGGCUUGGCAGAGGCUACCAGCUGGGAAGGAACCCUUGACCCUGGCAGUCACAGAGACGUCCUCUACAAGGCCCAGUGAAGUCCAUGUGGGGAAGUACAUCCUGAAAGAUGACCCUACCGAGGCCAUGCUAGUUGUUGAAAUGACUGACCUUCAAGUGACAGACUCUGGAUUGUAUCGUUGUGUGAUUUACCAUCCUCCGAAUGACCCUGUUCUGCUCUUCCAUCCUGUCCGCUUGGUGGUGACCAAGGGUUCUUCAGAUGCGUUCACCCCUGACAUCAUUCCUACUACAACCUUUAUUACAACAAAACACUCGCCCAGUGACACAACUACAACCCGAUCCCUACCCAAGCCCACGGCUGUUGUUUCCUCUCCUGAUCCUGGAGUCACCAACAUAAAUGGGACAGAUGCUGCGAGGAGCUCCAUGUCCAGUGUAAUUGUUCCCGUGGUCUGUGGACUCCUCAUCAAGACCCUGGUCUUCACUGUCUUAUUCAUUGUCACACAGAGGUCAUUCAGAUGAUAGACCUUGAAGCUACACAAUAGUGACCUUCAGCCAUGUCUGUCUCACAGGAAGAGCAGAGGUGGGGGGCUAAGCAGGAACUGUGACAUGAAUUGAGCCUGUAAUCGUGGGUGACAACUAAGGCUCAGGAUGUCCUCAGCUGGCCCUACCUACUCUCUUCAUUUUAUCCAUAAUCUUGGGAAUGUGCUCUGAACCCUCAAAGAAGAGGAAACACUUCCCAGCACACUCUGGCCAUUCCCCUAAAUAGGUUGGCUGGCCUGAAAUAAAGAGAAAACCCAGUGCUU